CCUGCCCACUUACACUUCCGCUCCGAAGCCAUUACGUGCCAAGCGCCACUGCACAUCACAAAAUGGCUGAUUUACUCUCUGCUAAAAGCCACCUCGUAGAUGCUCUCAGGGAUAGGAAACAGCGCUACUGGGACCUCAUGAAGAGCUGGUACAGAAGGAAGAUUACGAAAGAGGAUUUUGAUGCCAAGGCCCAGGGUCUACUAGGAGAGAACAAUGUUCAUCUUCACAAUGAGUUUCUGUUCGCUAUUCUUGUCAAAUGUCAAACUGGAGUAGCUCCUCAAGAAACAUAUGUCCCCAUGACCCAGUCAGUCAGCCCAGCGGAGUCCCUCUCACCAAUACAACCUCCAGCCAUCAAGAAACCGAAGAUACUCAAGCCCAAAGUCUUGAUGGCCACCGAGCUGCCCUAUGGAGCCUUGGACCCACUUCAUUAUUUCACGCCACCUACAGUGAAGAUCUUCAAAGACUUGGACAGUAUUUUAUUGUGCUCUCAUGAGUUGGUGUUACCUGAUGUGUCCACACUUCACGCUAGAAUGUUGCUAGGAGCAUGGGAAGCUGAUCUAGAGGAUGUGUCAGAAGACUGUGCUCACGUUCUGCUCCAUUCUUUGAAGGUAUUCCUCAAGAACGUACUACAAAUGGUGAUCUCUCAUCGUACUAGCUGGAAAUUAGACGGUCGAAACUUUCAACACUCUUUUGGAAAUGGAGACUCAAGAUCGAACCCUUUGCUGGAUAAUUCCCAACUUCUCCCUCGAGUUCAAAGGUCACUGUACCAGUACAAGUCUGGAGAGAGGGUUGAAGCAGACUCGGUGGCUAGGCUAUCAUCAAGAGUUGGUGGCAUCUGGGAGCCCAUCAACCUGUUCCAUUUGAGGGAUGCACUACUGGUCAAUCAACAGUGCAUUCCUGUGUUUAGUAUCUACGCUUGCAACAUGGAGCGAAUCAUGGCUGGUCUAUGGCACCCCACAGCAGAGGAGGAGCAGCAGCACACCACGGUAGCACUCUGGGAGAGAGAACAAUCCAAACAAACUUCUAACACUAUUAUGUGUAACUCUCAAUUUCCUGUUAGAUAGAUAAUCAAUUUUUAUUUUGUACUUCUUCCUCAAUACAUGUUAUAUAGGUAAAGACAUUGAUCUCACAAUUUCAAAGUAAACGGUGUUCGAAUGUUUGUAACAAAUUGAUAAAAAUUAUACAAAAACUAUGUAAUUUGAGCUAGUCAAUGUUUCCCAAUGUACAUGACAUUUACUAUAGCUAGUAUCUGCCCACUAUUGUUUAUAUAGACAACCGACAAUUAUCAUAAUAGCUAUUGUUCUUCAGUUCUUCUUAAUUGAGUACUUUAAACACACCGACAGACAAUGCAAGGGACAGCAUUACCAGAGUAAACGUGCUGCUUGUUAGAAACUGUAUCAUGGCAGAACUAGUCGGUGUUGUAGGCAUGCCAGUAGUAGGUUCAGUGUCUUUGUAGGUCCACACACGUACAGAAUCAAUCUGGAAGGACUGUGUCCAGGUUGGAAACCAAUCAUCUUUUGCAUUAUAGAACUUAUUGACAGAGUCAGGAUCAGUAUUGUUCCAAGGCUUUCCAGCACCAUCAGGGAAAUAGCCUCCCACUCCACCGACUGCCAAGUUGAUGAGCAAAAAAAACUUUCGAUCAAAAGGAGCAUUGUUCCCACGUCCUCUCCAAGGGUUGCUCCACACGGAUUGAUUCCAGCCGCCUCGAUCAAAGAAUGACUCCGUUAUUGGAACCUCAAGCACUGGAUUGUCUUCGGUAUCGAGAUAGCCGAUGAGGUGAGUCUCGUUCCAUAUCAAACCAUAUGUGUGGAAGUCACUAGUGAAAUCCUGUUUCUGUUCUUGUGUCGUCGCUUGGUUCGUUUGAGGAAAUUGAUUCUGGUGCACGUUGACUCCCCAGUGGAGUGUAGAUCCAUAACUAUUGUAGCCAC